AUGUUCUUCCGUACCGGCUUGCCUCAGAACCUUGUCUUGGUGCUGUUCAUGGCGCUCGGUGUAACCGCUGGACCAGUGGGCCGUCUCACCGGGGAACUGGAGCAGACACUGCAGCACAUCGCGGAGAAAACCGGGACAGAGAACGAUGAAAGCGGGCGUUCAGACCGCUUGCUCUUGUCGGUCAUCCUUCAGGACUUCUCAAUACUUCUUCAAGACAUAGCUGUUGCCAUAGAGCGUGAAGCUUUGCGGGGCGAGACGAGUGAAGGAAGCGUAGAAGAAAUCGGAGGAGAUCAAGAAGAAGAACUGGAUGAAGAAGAAGAAGAAGAAAAUAAUGAAAACAUCGCCAGCAACGACGAAAAUAUUGAACACGUUGCCAACAACGACGAACAUGACGAAAAUGCGCCGUCUUUCGGGGAGCACUCGCCGCACGCGCAGGCUCAGCCAAACGCCGACCACAACGAGGGGUACUUUUUGGCCACAGACGAUCUAGUCCCAGAAGAAGGAAUGGAAGAAGUAGAUGAAGAAACUGUAGUUGAUCUGGCGCCUGAACCGGACACGUGGGUAGUAGAGGAGGAGGAGGAGGAGGAGGAGGAAGAGGAAGAAGAAGAAGAAGAGGAGGAGGAAGGAAUGGAGGCCACAGCAAACGAUGGAUCACUGGAUAAUGAAUUUUCAGUUCUCAGCAAAUACCUACCACCAUCAGAUGGCCAACCAGCAACCGACCAUAGGCCAGAAAGUAAUGAAGACAUUGCCACCAACGACGAAAAUAAUGAUGAAAACAUCGCAAACAACGAUGAAAAUGAUGAAAACAUCGCCAGCAACAACGAAAAUGAUGAAAUUGAAAACGUUGCCACUAACGACGAAAAUAAUGCAGACAUCGCUAACAACGAGGAACAUGAUGAAAACAUUGUCACCAACGACGAUAAUGAAAACAUUGCCACAAACGUUAACAACGAAAAUGAUGAAAACAUCGCCAGCAACGACGAUAAUGAUGACAAUAUUGCCAACAACAUGCCCUCACUAGAGGAUAAUGAAGAGGAAGGCACUCAUUUCGACGAAAAUCAUGGCGAUGAAGUCAGCCAACCAGCAGCCACCGAUGAUGCAGUUGAUGAUGGGUCAGUCAUAUCUACCGACGACUUCGCCUCGGCUGGAAGUUCUAGAGAAUGGUCUCCGUUCGAUGAAAAUGUGGCGACACUAGGGCGGGGAGGACCGUCGGUGAGUAUCCAGCGACCCCACCACACACACGCCGGGCGACACGGCGGCGAUAGUGAGGCACCAGACGACCCGGGCCGCCAGCCGUUCAGUGGACGGUGGUCUCCGUUCAGCAGCGACGCCCCGUCCUUCGGGAAGCAUCCUCCGCACCCCCACGCUCGUCCCUCCGGCCGACACCUGCCGCCACACAGUCCCGUGAACAACCAGCCCGAAAUCCAGCAGGCUCGCUGGUUAGAACUGAUCAACAAGGUGCGGAAGCCAAAGGCCAACCCUGCCAGUGUCGUUGGAAGAUGGUCACCGUUUGACAAAAAUCCGCCAACAUUCGGUCGAAAUCCCGCCGGCUGAGACAUGCAUGCCAACGUCAAAAACUAAUCUCCAAGCAGAUGUUGGGGUGGAAGGUCGACCGUAAAGUUUCCUUAAUUCUACCCCACAUCUGCUUGGACAUUAGUAAAAAAACGGCCUGUAAGACUUAGCUUUAUUCUCAACGAGAGAAUUCUGGAUAUGGAGUACGAAAUAUAAGUUUCAUCUAAACAUAAGCUAUUGUAGGAUAUAUCUUCUAACGCCUAAUACAAUUCUUUCGAAAUGUCUCAACGAAUCCAAAUAGCUCGAAGGUUCGCCCCUGAGCCGUUGCCAAAAUCUCCAGGACUUUUGCGGGAACUUUUGCAUUGCCAGAUUCUUCCAUUCGUCAAAAAAGGCUCUAGAUGCUUCAGAAAUUAGGCAACUUAGCAAUUUAUGAUUUACAUAUGUUUACAAGAAUUAUGAUAAUAACAAUUGUAUAACAACAAUACUAAUAUUAUAGUAAUAAGGAGA